AUCGAAGGACCCCGUUGCCGUGGUAUCUCUCUGUCGUGGUUCACUGUUUUGCUUUUGUUCGCUCCACGUAGAAGUGCCAAAAGGCGGAUUUGCAUUGCUCAGACAAGCAAACGAGGUCGAAGGGAGAAGAGGUGAUUUGCAGAGUAAAAAUGGCGAAGGGAGAAGAGGUGCGAAACAAGCAGGUUCUACUAAGGGACUACAUCGCUGGCUUCCCGAAAGAGACGGACAUGAUCAUGAGAACCGGUAGUAUCCAGUUGAAGGUGCGCGAAAGCUCCAAGCCUAUAACUGGACUUGGUGUGUCUAAAGUUUUGGAUUCUGAUCAUCCAGACUUCAAAGAAGGUGAUUUUGUUUGGGGGUCAACUGGAUGGGAAGAGUACAGCCUCAUCACAACGCCAGAAUCUCUGUUUAAAAUUCACCACACCGACGUUCCUCUUUCUUAUUACACAGGAAUUCUUGGUAUGCCUGGAGUAACUGCUUAUGUUGGUUUUUAUGAGGUUUGCUCUCCUAAGAAAGGAGAGUAUGUAUUCAUAUCAGCAGCAUCAGGUGCAGUUGGCCAGCUUGUCGGACAGUUUGCCAAGCUAAUGGGUUGCUAUGUGGUUGGAAGUGCUGGAACCAAGGAAAAGGUUGAUUUAUUGAAGAACAAGCUCGGGUUUGAUGAGGCUUUCAACUACAAAGAAGAGCAUGACUUGGAUGCUGCAUUGAAAAGGUAUUUUCCUGAAGGCAUUGACAUAUACUUUGAUAACAUAGGAGGUAAGAUGCUUGAUGCAGUUCUCCUCAACAUGAGACUCCAUGGCCGCAUUGCUGCAUGUGGGAUGAUCUCCCAAUAUAACCUAGAAAAGCCUGAGGGUGUUCACAAUUUGUUUUAUCUUGUCACCAAACGGAUCCGCCUAGAAGGAUUCGUAGUCUUCGACUAUUAUCACCUCUAUCCAAAGUUUUUAGAGUUUAUUCUCCCAUACAUCAGAGAAGGGAAAAUUGUCUAUGUAGAAGACACAGUUGAAGGUCUUGAGAGCGGGCCAGCAGCUCUGAUGGGACUCUUCACUGGGCGCAAUGUUGGAAAACAAGUUGUUGUAGUUGCUCGUGAAUAAUCAGUCACUGCAUGAGUCUUCAAUCUUCAUAAUCUUCAAGAUUGGUUGGUUUGGUUUUCUUUUACUAGAAGAAGCAUGAAAACUUCAAUCUACAAUGUAUUUGCUAUAUUCCCUCUUUUAUAUCAACUCCUUUUAGAAGGGAAACAAACACAAACUAAUGAAUCUUUAGGGUUUUGUGUGAA